AUUCCCACAAUGCUCUGGGGCGUGCCGCCGCCGUCGCUGCCGCCUCCGCUACCGCUAGUGGAAGAAGAUGGCGGAAGGCGGAGCGGCGGAUUUGGACAUCCAGCGGUCUGACAUCGCGACGCUGCUCAAAACCUCGCUCCGGAAAGGGGACACCUGGUACCUAGUCGAUAGUCGCUGGUUCAAACAGUGGAAAAAAUAUGUUGGCUUUGACAGCUGGGACAAAUACCAGAUGGGAGAUCAAAAUGUAUAUCCUGGACCCAUUGAUAACUCUGGACUUCUCAAAGAUGGUGAUGCCCAGUCACUUAAGGAACAUCUUAUUGAUGAAUUGGAUUACAUACUGCUGCCAACUGAGGGCUGGAAUAAACUUGUCAGCUGGUACACGUUGAUGGAAGGUCAGGAACCAAUAGCACGAAAGGUGGUUGAACAGGGUAUGUUUGUAAAACACUGCAAAGUAGAAGUAUAUCUCACAGAAUUGAAGCUCUGUGAAAAUGGAAACAUGAACAAUGUUGUAACUCGAAGAUUUAGCAAAGCUGACACAAUAGAUACAAUUGAAAAAGAAAUAAGAAAAAUCUUCAAUAUUCCAGAUGAAAAGGAGACCAGACUGUGGAACAAAUACAUGAGUAAUACAUUUGAACCACUGAAUAAACCAGACAGCACCAUUCAGGAUGCUGGUUUAUACCAAGGACAGGUGUUAGUGAUAGAACAGAAAAAUGAAGAUGGAACAUGGCCAAGGGGUCCUUCUGCUCCUAAGUCCCCAGGUGCAUCCAAUUUUUCAGCUUUACCAAAGAUCUCUCCUUCAUCUCUAUCAAAUAAUUAUAACAACAUCAACAACAGAAAUGUGAAAAAUUCAAAUUAUUGUCUCCCAUCAUAUACUGCUUAUAAGAACUAUGAUUACUCAGAACCGGGCAGAAACAAUGAACAGCCAGGCCUCUGUGGCCUAAGUAACUUGGGAAAUACGUGUUUCAUGAACUCAGCUAUUCAGUGUUUGAGCAACACCCCUCCACUUACUGAAUAUUUCCUCAAUGAUAAGUAUCAAGAAGAACUCAAUUUUGACAAUCCCUUAGGAAUGAGAGGUGAAAUAGCUAAAUCUUACGCUGAAUUGAUCAAGCAAAUGUGGUCUGGAAAAUUUAGCUAUGUCACACCAAAAGCCUUUAAGACACAAGUAGGACGUUUUGCACCUCAGUUCUCUGGAUACCAGCAGCAGGAUUGUCAAGAGCUUUUAGCUUUCCUGUUAGAUGGACUACAUGAGGAUUUGAAUCGAAUUAGGAAAAAACCGUAUAUACAGUUAAAAGAUGCUGAUGGAAGACCAGAUAAGAUAGUUGCUGAAGAAGCCUGGGAAAAUCAUCUAAAAAGAAAUGAUUCUAUCAUAGUAGAUAUAUUUCAUGGUCUUUUCAAAUCAACUUUAGUUUGUCCUGAAUGUGCUAAGAUUUCAGUAACAUUUGAUCCUUUUUGUUACUUGACACUUCCAUUGCCCAUGAAAAAAGAACGUACCUUGGAGGUUUAUUUGGUUAGAAUGGAUCCACUUACCAAACCUAUGCAGUACAAAGUGGUUGUCCCCAAAAUUGGAAAUAUACUUGAUCUGUGUACAGCAUUGUCUGCUUUGUCGGGAGUACCUGCAGAUAAGAUGAUAGUUACUGAUAUAUACAAUCAUAGAUUUCACAGAAUAUUCGCUAUGGAUGAAAACCUUAGUAGUAUUAUGGAACGGGAUGAUAUUUAUGUGUUUGAAAUUAACAUCAAUAGGACAGAAGAUACAGAGCAUGUGAUUAUUCCUGUUUGCCUAAGAGAAAAAUUUAGGCACUCAAGUUAUACUCACCAUACUGGUUCUUCACUUUUUGGUCAGCCUUUUCUUAUGGCUGUACCACGAAACAAUACUGAAGAUAAACUCUAUAAUCUCCUACUUUUGAGAAUGUGCCGAUAUGUCAAAAUAUCUACUGAAACUGAAGAAACUGAAGGAUCCCUACACUGCUGUAAGGACCAAAAUAUUAAUGGGAACGGCCCAAAUGGCAUACAUGAAGAAGGCUCACCAAGUGAGAUGGAAACAGAUGAGCCAGAUGAUGAAUCCAGCCAGGAUCAAGAACUUCCCUCCGAGAAUGAAAACAGUCAAUCUGAAGAUUCAGUUGGAGGAGAUAAUGAUUCUGAAAAUGGAUUAUGUACUGAGGAAACUUGUAAAAGUCAACUCACGGGACACAAAAAAAGAUUGUUUACAUUCCAGUUUAACAAUUUAGGCAAUACUGAUAUCAACUACAUCAAAGAUGAUACCAGGCAUAUAAGAUUUGACGAGAGGCAGCUUAGACUAGAUGAAAGAUCUUUUCUUGCUUUGGAUUGGGAUCCUGAUUUGAAAAAAAGAUACUUUGAUGAAAAUGCUGCUGAGGAUUUUGAAAAACAUGAAAGUGUGGAAUAUAAACCUCCUAAAAAACCCUUUGUGAAAUUAAAAGAUUGCAUUGAGCUUUUUACAACAAAAGAAAAGCUAGGUGCUGAAGAUCCCUGGUAUUGUCCAAAUUGUAAAGAACAUCAGCAAGCCACAAAGAAACUGGAUUUAUGGUCCCUGCCUCCAGUGCUUGUGGUACACCUCAAACGAUUUUCUUAUAGUCGAUAUAUGAGAGACAAAUUGGAUACAUUAGUUGAUUUUCCCAUCAAUGACCUGGAUAUGUCGGAAUUCUUAAUUAAUCCAAAUGCAGGUCCUUGCCGCUAUAAUUUGAUUGCUGUUUCCAACCACUAUGGAGGGAUGGGAGGAGGACACUAUACUGCUUUCGCAAAAAAUAAAGAUGAUGGAAAAUGGUACUACUUUGAUGACAGUAGUGUCUCAACUGCAUCUGAAGACCAGAUUGUGUCCAAAGCAGCCUAUGUACUCUUCUACCAGAGACAAGACACUUUCAGUGGAACUGGCUUUUUUCCUCUUGACCGAGAAACUAAAGGUGCUUCAGCUGCCACAGGCAUCCCGUUAGAAAGUGAUGAAGAUAGCAAUGAUAAUGACAAUGAUAUAGAAAAUGAAAACUGUAUGCACACUAACUAAUGAAAGUCCUAGAAGCCAUAAAAGAGAGACUUUCCUGCUGGUGGUAUAUAUUGAAAGGAUGAAGUUACCCACCACAUUAAACAAAAGUCUGAGAUGGGGAGUUUCAGAUAACUGAAUGUAAAUCCUUUAUCAGAUUUUAACUUGUGCAGUACUUGAAGUGAAACACAAUGAAAACUUUAACAGAAAUUGUCUCUUAAUACAUUUACAGUCUUGUAAUUACAAGCUAAAUAUAUAUAGGAAAUCACAAAUAAAUCCCUUUUAAGUUUGCUGCUGUUUUGAUGAAUUAUGUUUUCUUUAAUUUUUUGGAUGUGAGUUAAUUGAUGACAGAUGUUAAAUUUGUGGAUGUUGGUCAUUUAUUUUGCUCUAAUAAUACUGCAAGAAAACUAUGGCUGAACUUAGUUUUUGGAUAAUCUAGUUCAUGUGCAUUAGGCUGCCACAUAAUAUUACUAUGAUAUUAGCUGCGGUAUCAAUGUGGCAUAAAUACUGCAGUAGUAUUCUUGGAAAACCAAAUUUUCAAAUCUAUCCCUGGUAAUCAAUAUGGGUCUAUUAAAAAACAAAUCGUGGUACAAGAAACAAUCUUGGAAAAGUUAUUUUCUUCUGUAGAAUCAUUAAAAAUUCAGAAUAUUAUGUUCAUAUUACUGCUGCUGUGAAAACAGGUUCUAGAUUUCACACUCCAUCUAAAAUCAUUUUUCAGUUAAAUGUCAGUAUUUUUUACGGCUAUUGAGAUCUAUUCCUUAGGUAUUCAAAAACUUUUGACUUGCUUUAAAAUGCCUAUCUUUAAUCUGGUGUUGGUCCAAAAUUAAAAUUUUUGCUGUCUGUUUUACUCUACCCCAUUUUUUGGUAAUUUGGCAAGUUUUAGCCCUUCCAAUUACUAUAAUAUAUAUAAGGACAGACUUAAGAGUAUUCUGUGUCCAUAGUAAUAAUUACAUCAAGCUUAGAUGAGAAUUUUUUUCAUAUACUGGCCUUUAAAUCAUUAAUGGACAAUUGGCUUUAAAGGUAGGUCUGUUAACUUUCUUUGUGUGUUCCUGAUGGAAUUCACCAUAGCCUUACAGCUUUUCUCAGAAGGUAACUUGUUAUAAGAGAAUUGGCAUUUGCAUGUUCUAGAGUCAGAACCUGUAUAGUACAUAAAGCAUACAAACCUUGAAUUUGAUUUUUAGUUCACCACAUUCAAGGAUCCAGGAUGCCAAAAAUAUGUGUGAACAUUUGAAACAUUUUUCAUUUGCUGCUUUUUUCCCUUUGAUCUAGUUGAAAGAAUGUAUUGUCAAUUGGCAUACAAUACUGCCUUUAAUAGAAAAUCUAAAUGCUGGGGCACAUUUCACAUAUCGACUACCUGAGAAAUUGCUUUGUGUCCCACUGUUAUUAAAGCAAAAAGUAUAAUGUUCUUCACUUGAACUAAUCAAAUACAAUAGAUUAUAAAUUGUGUAUUGUAAAUAAAAGUUCACUCUGUGAGUGCA